UAACGUACGAUGAUCUUAUCAACGUUUAAUCUCUGCGUUCUCGGGUACUCUCGCGUUCCAUACUGACCGCGUUACGAGUUUGUCGGGUCGAACGGGUAAGGAAAAGAUCAAAGUAUAACGUGAUAAUUCCAACGGAAGUAGACAAAAUUCAGUAUGGUUCAUUAUUUGAAUCGUAUUUACCAUCGUUAGUGAAAGCGAAGGAGUGCCGUGUUUGCUAAUACACGUCACUGGAACAGUGUUCAUGACGUGUAUAACGCAAACUCCGAGUUUCGAUUCAAAACAAAUAAAUCGUUAAAGAUACGCGUAUAGGAAUCCGAAAGAGAAACUAGUGUCGUUCGCUCGCCAGCUUUCGGCUCGGUUGAGAGUUUAAACGGAUCGAUGGCUUAAUUAAUACUGGUUGAAAACAAUUUACAAAGUGCGAGUAUGUAUUUUAACAUUCGUGGAUCUUUGACGUCGAUCAUAAACGACCGUGACCACGUGCUACUCACAAAUCAACGGCUUAUUUAGACAACGAAUUCGCAAUGUUAACAGAUGUGAAUAGCGUCGAAGCUGUAGUACGUGCUAGUUGGAGAAAUGUAUUUUGGACUCUUCCACGUUAGUAGAUGUAGAAGAUAAAAAAAGAGGAAAGACAGCGACGAAUUACACCUCUCAGUAAGGGACGAUCGAUAGCGAUAAGGGUUUAUCUUAUUCUUCGAUGAAUACAUCCAUCGUGACAGAAGAGUAAUACACAUAGGUGUGGCUAAACAGGUGAAUCUAAUUUCAAAUUGUUUGAUGAGAAACCGUCGGGAUCGGUACCACGGCAGUUCCCAAGUCCCGAAGCAGCUCGAUUCGAAAAUUAAAAAAAAAUUCAUACGUGCAGAUUAAAUGAUACCGAUUGGAUAUCUGCUCAUCGAUCAGUCAUUUCGUCUACCUUUAAUUAAUUUCAACACGGAUACCUACUUCAUGCGCGUAUAAAGAGGAAACAGAUACGGACAAGUCAUUUGUUAAAAAAUAGAUACAUUCGUAAGUAGUUGGAGUCGAAAUUCAAGAGGUUCAAAAGAGAACAAAGAUUCGUUGGUUUGUGAAAAGAAGUAGAGGUCUAGGAUGGACGCAAGUCGAAUCGAGCGUAUCAUCAGUUUAUUGUACAUCUCUUCCGCUGUAUUGUCUUUGACUUCGUUGAUCUGUCUGGUCACCGUUUGGCAGUAUUGGACAUCGAUUGUGAACUUUUGCAUCAAUGUCGAUUGCGGUUGCAUACUGUACGCUAGAAGUUCGUUCAAUUCUUUUAUGGGAGGCGAAGUGAUACUGUGUCAUUUCGGCGUGUACGGAAUGAUCCCCCCACUUAUAUUCGGCUUGUGUCUCGGCGGAUACCACGGGUACAGAUGCUGCAUCCAUAAAAAUUUAGAUGCGCCUGUACAAGUCACCAGCAGAAAUUUGGAGACCGACGAUGGGCCAGCGGUAGUAGUCAGACCUAAAAGAAGAGCGCCGUGUAAGCAAUGGACACUUGCUUCGUUCCUCACGAUAUUACUUUUCUUUCUGUCACUGACCCACGCAAUAAUAACGACGGAUGGUUAUUACAAAACUUGCGAGCAGUAUAGGAAAAGGUUGAUACAAGUUCUGAAUUCGGCUGGACGCGAAACUGAGGUCAUUCACGAUAGACUUUCUUGCGGUGCGAUGUUCGAUUUUAUGGAUUACUUGCAAUCGGACCCGGAUACGUUCGAAUACAAAAAGAUUGAUACCGGUUUCGCGCUUCGAUUAGCCAUCGUUUCUUCGUGGCUCAAUUGCUGUGCUUGGAUACUCGCGUUUUCGUUGAACGUAAUUGCGGCGCGAAAACGAUUUUGUUGUUGGACAUUACAGAUCGAUCCUCCUGAAGACGACGCGGGUGCAAUUGCUCUCGCCUCGAUUCGCUCAAGGCAUCAAACCGAAUGAUCACCGGUAAGAGUUCAUUCCAUCUACCAUCGUUUCAUUUCUCGAUACUUCGUCUUUUUGAUACUACUCAUCGAACUACGGUGUUGAAAGCAAGAUUUUAAAACACAGUUGAUUCAGUCAAGCAGAUUUUUAUACUACAUACAAUAUAAAAUAUAAUUAAAAUUGAAAUUAAAGCGUGUAUUCGUGCGUGCGAGUACAUCGACACGCAUGAGUAACGAUGAUUAAUUUAGUGUAAUAUGUAAUACUAGCACCAGCACCAUUUAAUGUAUUCCAUUUUAA